CCCCACCUAGAUAUAUAAUCCUCAACACAACACUGCAAUCCCACUACAACCACAACCGAAUGACAACUACAUUGUCGACUCCUAAGAUUAUACGACAAGUAAGCAUCGAAGCAAUGAGUGCCACCAUAGAUCCUCGAGCCGGACUUGCAUGGGCGUACGAAGACGGCCCCUUGGGAGAGCUAGGAGAGCUACUUCCAACAUGGACUGUCGAGCCCGACAUCGAAGUCAUCACCGAUAUCGUCCGCCGCAAAUUGAAUAUUCCAGAGGUUUUCCCAUGCGUGGUCGAACUUCUAGCGCAAGGUGCCUUCAACAAGGUCUACACCGUACAGUGUGGCGGCAACAGCAAUGUCAUUGUGCGUGUCACCCUGCCAGUUCAACCACACCUCAAAACCUUGAGCGAGCGAGCGACCAUCGAGUAUGUUCGACAUCAUACGGAUAUCCCGAUUCCGCAAGUACUCGAAUAUAACGCCAUUCGCGACGACGAGCUAGGCUUCGAAUGGAUGAUCAUGGAUAGAGUUGAAGGUACCAAAGUCACCGAACAGUGGAAACACAUGAGCUGGCUUAAGAAAGAACUACUGGUACGCAAGGUCAUCACUUACCUGGCGCAAUUGUUCCGCAAACGCUUCCACCGACUGGGUAACCUCUACGCGACCGAGGACAUUCAGCAAAUGUCCACCAAAGAUAUGCCAGAUGCCGUGUUUCUAGGUGCUGAGCACUCGAGCCACACGGUUCGAUUCGGUCUGGGGGAGGUUGUCUCCAUCCCAUUCUUUUAUAACGAUCACGGGGGUAUUGAUGUGCCGCGAGGUCCAUACAAACAUAGUCGUGAUUGGCUCGCAACAUGCCUCCGGCUUUAUUUGCAUGAUGCAGACAACAUCAACGCUUCCAAUAAAACUGUUGACCCUAACUCAGUCGAAGCCAUCAAGUCUCGGAUCCAGCGUAUGCUCAACUUUCUACCCCAGAUUUUCCCAGCAGAUGAGCGCGAAGAAUAUACCCUCAUUCACCAGGAUCUGAGUGACAACAACAUGAUGGUGGACGAAAACCACGAUCUCUCCGGGUUCAUUGACUGGGAAUGCGUCUAUACGGUGCCCCUUUGGCUCGCAUGCCAACUUCCUCGGUUCCUACGCGGCCAAAAUUGCCAACAUCCACCCUUAUAUGCCACCGAGUUCGAGAACGAGUACUACGAGUCAGCUUACUAUGAGGACCUCGAACUGUACGAGAAGACGCAAUUGCGAGAAUUCUUCUUUGAGGAGAUGGAGCGCAUUUGUCCAGAAUGGAUGCGAGUCCAUGAAGCUAGCAGUAUCAAAGCAGACUUCGAGUUCGCGGUAAACGUCUGCACCAUGCGUGGUUACUUGCAGGAUAUCGAUGAGUGGUUGGAUUCUGUCGAAAAUGGCGAUGAGGUCGAGUCCCUGCGUGAGCGUUUGGGUCAAUGCUAAGGGUAGGUAGUCGCGACAAGUGGUAUUCGUUGAGUCGUUUAGGUCUCAAAUUCGGCUUGGGGAUGAAAAAGAUAAAAUUGUAUAGUCC